GGUUUCCAUGUUGCAACGGGACGGUUUGGCUAUCGGUUUCGCUCAGAAUAUCUAUUCAUGCAAUGUCUUCGGGAAUGAGACAGGAUCGUUUUCAGAAUUUUGAGCACGGUUCUGAGAGGGAAAGCGAACCAGAUGGCAUAUGUGAAUUUUCUUAUGAGUCCUCUCUCGACAGCAUCAGAGCUCGCAUAAAUGACAUAUGGCAAGAUGAUCCUUCGAAAUAUGAUGUCCUUACACCAGCCUUAUGCAACAUUUGCCUUACGAGUGAACUUCUGCAGAAAAGAUUUUCUUCAGUGACUUCCGCUGAUAUUUUAGCUGGUAUUGCUGUAGGCGCUAAAACGGAAAGUCCACUAACUGAGAAAGGGGAAGCAGAAUUCGCAAAAGAGAACGACUUUUUCGGCAGUGAUGUAUUUCGUUUACACCAGGAAUGUACACAUGGCAUCAACGCAGACCAUUCGGACAACAUACAGCAGGGUGAUGCAAGGGCAGUUGGCUAUGGUCGGAGUGAACGACAACCUGGUGUUUCCUACAACGAUCCUUUCGAUCCCAGAUUGUCAUUUGCUGGCCUUCAGGACAUUGUGUUUCCCAACGCCCAGUUUAUAAGACCAGAUAAGGAACCCCAAGACAACAUCUGUCUCGCCGUAGACGACGUCGGUGACAUCGUCCACGAGUACCUGAACAAAUAUCACGACUGCUUGGAUUGCAUGCGGUCAAGGUCACCAUGUGGAAACUGGGUACACAUGCCCGAAGCCGUUCUUCCUGCGAAGUUUGCUUCCUAUGAGUUGUGGUUGGCAGCCAAGAACGAGGCAGCAGUUGACAACGAGACUAAUGAGGACUGUCGUCUGCUCGCAUCCGAACUCACUUCUCACGGUGUCAGACGACUCUGGUUAGAUUUAUCUUCCUACAGUCCAAGCACCUCAGAUGACCAAGAUGUGUUUUCACAACAGGGAUCUGUGAGCUGCGGGUCAAGUUCACCUAGGGACUCCUCAUCAGCUGUGAACGAAGAUCUGACCUGUAGCGACCCUGACCAGUGUCCCCAUUACAAGCAGUUGCUCUAUUAUCCUGUAGGCGCUGAACCCAGUGCCCCCCACAUCGGAGCUGUGGGCAGAAAGAAAUUGCGACUCCAUCAAGGACUUCGUCCCCCGUGUGUCUUACGGCUUCAACCUCCCAGUGCCAGAUGUGGUCAAAGAGAAGUCGCUGGCUUCUGAAGCUGGCAUGGACGAAGCUGAUGAGGACUUGGAUUCCAAAACCGACAGGCAUACCAGCAGGCUGUUUGACCUUUGUGUGCCAGAGCAGAACGAUGGCCAAGGGGAUGGAAGCCCGAACAGGUCACAUGAGUGGUCUCCACGAGAUGUCCAACCUCCAGAACAGCAUUCGUCCCCAGAAACCGGCUUACAAAUCCCACUCCUGGUGUCCACCAAGAGGAGGGAACGUCCAGUGAGGGGAGUCAGGAACGCCAGGAGGUCCAACUACCGAGACUACCAAGUCACAUUUGUCGAUGACGUACAGUUCUCGGAUCCAUGCAGAUACUCGGAGCCAGAAACUGUGUCCAGUUCCAGGGCCACCAUUUCAGACACUAGAGUAUGGACUGUUAAAAACAAUGGUGUAGAGGGAUGUCCCGCAAACAACAAACACGGCUUCAGCAGGAGCGAAACCCACCAGGAAUACAGAGAUGCUCAUGUGAGAGACAACAGUUACCCUGCUAAUCAGAGGAUAGAACUGUCAGCACACAGUGAGCCCUUCAUUCCAAGGUGGCGAGUAUCGGAUGAGAACAGCUUUAUGGGAUGUGAGAGUGAAAAAAGAUUGAAUAAGAUCGAGGAAGAGCUAACAGAUAUGAGAACUUCUCCGCAACAGAGGCACGAGAACCAGAAUAGUCUUAGUCCUCGCAGUCAGCCCCUGCUGCUCAAAACGCCCUCUCCGGAGCAGAUGAAGCGAUCGCCAGUGGGGGAUCACGAGCUUCAGUUCCAGCUAGAUGACAACGACCACCACCAGCAAAGCCUUGUCUGUAAUGUUCAGAGCGACGAGUUCCUAAAUAGUCCUGAAAGUCAUAAGUCAGCAGAAUCAUAUCAGCAGUGGUCCCCAGCCCAUGACUCGGAGGAAAGUCCAGUCAAAGAGUACGAGCUGUUCGAUACGAAGAAAUCGUUCUAUGACAAUUCCCUUCUGGACAGGGUUCAACCCAUCACCAGUGUGGGUAAGUCAGCCAGCAAACCCUGUGGUCUUAUAGGCAAUAUGAAGUUUACUGGGAACGGAUGGAAGAAGAUAUAUGAAAAAGGAAACACCGUUGAUGAUUUGUGGAACAUAUGGAGCAGCCAUUCAGAGACCAAGACAGAUGUCAAAGAUCAGUCAUGGACAAAUGGUGAUGCAAAACUCCUCAAGCCUCUUUCAACCUCUUUUCAGUGCAGUGUGAACGAUCUGCAGCCAACGCCAACGUCCGUUCCGACAACAGUUUGGCAACGUACAUCUCAGAGUGUAUGGACAAAGCCCGAAGCACCUGUCCAAUCGCAGUAUACCUAUGUACCCAAUCAGUCCCACCUGACUCCACGGUCUGUGAGGUCCAGUCUGGCGUCCUAUUCCCGCACCUCGCAGCACCAGAGUAGCAUGCCCUCUGACAAAUCUGACCAGAUCCCCCCAGGCACGAAUAAUACGGCCACAGACCCAGCACCAGCUGGAACUCAAACCAUGUAUAGAUGUAUUCCCUCGUGGUGCUUUGGCAGAGCCACAUCCGCGCCAGUAUCAGACAUCUCCUUGGACGGCGGCAGAGCGGAAUGUGGUGACGAAUCUACACCAGUCACAAGACAACACACGAUAUAUUCAGUCUCAAGGAAUGGGUGCAGUUCGACCAAACCAAAACAUCUCGUUUGUGUCCAACAGGAUGGCGUGUGUGCCGACUCCUCAGCCUUACGACUACCGCAAUAUGGUGGUUCUACAGCCUCACCAGAAACAGCCCGAUCCCAGGCCCACGUUGCAGCCAACAGUUUUAUCUCAUGGGUUCGCACCUCAACCUUCUUCUCUCAAACCUACCACAUAUCACACGUUUGGACCGUCUCUCGCUUCAACCCUCCACCGAGUCCCAUUUGAUCAACACUCACGUCUGCAACCCUCUAUCAUUUCCCGCCCAAAUGCAGCCUUUGCGCCUCCGGCUGGUUUUGCCCCAACCUUGCCCACCCAGACCUACAGACAUGUGACUGUCGCAGCCAAUUACAAUCCACCGAAGUUGGUGGCUGUUCCAGCGUUUGAUGCCCGCCCCCGGCCGAGGUAUUAUACGUCAUUUCUCAACUUCAACAACCACAACGAGGCAUAUAGCUCAGACUCUGAACUGUCCGAAGCGUCGGUUGACCGGGAGGAAGAUCAGGACGUGUUUGAUAGACAUGGUCGAGCUCGUCCAAUCCGUGCUAAUCCAGCCAAUCUCAUACAUUUGACCUGAUGGAACCAGAUAAUGUGAAACGUUUGUUCUUUUGGCUUUUGUAAUUUGUCGUUUUCUUCAUUGGUUGCCUUUUUACCAGAAAGCAUAGAUCUCUUCAACGUUAAUGUCAUUUCAGUUUUGACAUGACGGAUGAUGUUUAAUGUCUUUUUCUUGUUUUUGACACUGUGUACACAGAAAUCACUGGCAUGUGUGAACGUACACAAAAUCGUUGAGGAAUGGCAUGGAAUUAUUUUGAUGAGAAUUCAUAUAUUGUACACAUUCUUAUUAACACGGACAUAUUUAAUGCCUCAUUUAUAGAAAGAAAUAAUAGAAUGAUAAACCAAGAAAAUAAUUUUGAGUUGUUUUCACCAGAGCAUGUGGUAUUUAUAUCAGUGCUGUACUUGUUAAUGUCGGAAUGUGACACACUGACAGAUUGUUACAUGGUGAAAUGAAAACGUCCUCGUGGUAGACUGCGACGUUGUGGUCAGUACUGUUGUCGUCGCAGCCAUUUAAAUGUACACGGAUGGUAUAAAGUAUUAUUUACCACCAACCCCAACGCCACACUCACGACACAAAGUCAUGGUCAUCAUAACCCACAUGCGUACAAUGUGUGAAGCCCAUUUCUGGUGUCCCCACAGUCGUCAUCUUGCUGGAAUAUUGCUAAUAGCAGCGUAAAACUAAACUCACUCACUCGAUCAUCAUCACCAUCCCGUUACCACCACAAGCUGAACAACUAACCUCAACUCGGCAUCACCUCCAAACUCAGCAUCGCCACACCACUACUACAUGAACAGUACUCAUACCAUCAUCAUCAACAACAACAACAACAACAUCAUCAUCAACAACAUAUCACUACCACUACGCUAACAACACCCAGCAACCUUGUCAUCACCAACAGGACGACUAUACUAUGAUCAAUUACAAGGACCUGCGUCACCGCCACGUCGUCACCGCCUUAAUAUAACAAAUAUUCAAUGUCAAAUAUGAGUCCACAACUCAUCAAGAGUGCAACAUACCCCCACAUGUAUAUUAGGAACUCGUAAACCAACUGGAAUACCCAGUACAUAUAUAUGUGUCUUUCAAAUCGACGCUGAACACUAAAUACUCAAUGACUAUAUGAGCUCAUGCAUAUAGCAGAACACUACAC